AUUAAUUUAGUUACUCACUCAUUUACCUUUUUUCAAUUACUCUGCUUCCAUGCCGUCCAACUGCGAAAACAUUGCCGAUAUGGUUAACUGGCCUAAUCAAUACAAGUGCAACGAGUGCGGGGCUAUAACGCCUACUGUAGAGCUUAUGUACAUAUACCACAAAAUUAGCACGCAGUGCAGCGGCAAUGAUAUCGCGAUAACUUCAGUUGGUUGAGUUGGCGGGUUGAAGUAGGAUUUGAGACCAGUACGCGAAAUGAACGCAUGGGUUUAGUGACUUGUUUUUUUAGUGUGGAAUCGAGGCGAGCUGAUGAGUUGAUGAGUCGAUGAGUCGAUGAGCUGGCGAACUGAGUUGUAAAUCGAAAUCGUAAAUUAUCCAUGCAAAAAAAUACACACACAUAUAGGACUGAAACAAACGGGUAUGCCUUUUUUAUUUUCCCU